CUUGUAAAAAGAUCUGUUGAUACUUUUCCCCUAAGAAACUCUCUACCAUGAAGAUUCAUCUCUUUUUCUUUAUUCUGCUCUUUUGGGUCACAAUUUUACCAGCCAGAAAGAGAUAUCCUGAGUAUGGUAGUUUGGAUUUGAGGAGAGAGUGCAGAAGGAGUAAUGGUCAAUGUAAAAAUCAGUGCCUUAACACUGAAGUUAGAAUUGCUUUCUGCAUAAGACCUGGAACUCAUUGCUGCAUUCAGAAUUCAAAAUGACAGAAGAAAAGAGACACAACUCCAAGAAGACCAGUGUUACUAAGUCUUCCCAGCACAUCUUUCAAGUCCUGAGUGUCUCUAUAAAACCCAAAGAAUUAAAUAAAUUUUAAUA